AUGCAGUGCUUCGGGCGUCUCUCCGACAGAGUGACAAAAAACGAAAAGAAGUACUACUCAAAUCAUAGUACUACGGUUCUCUUUCCUAUAGUUGCGUGGUCUACGUGUUUGGAAGCGUUAACGCUAAUCUUCUUCCUGUGCACAAUUGCAUUGACGAAAUGCCCAUUAUUUAAUCAUCGUUAAGACUUUCGUAGAUUCGACAACUGCUUUUUCCCGUUUACAGUGACGAAAAUGUCAGCCGAAUUUGAGUUCCGUCCUCCGCCAGCUGCACCGACAUACCAUCCAUCAGUACAAGAGUUUCAGGAUCCUUUGGCGUAUAUAGCGAAAAUUCGACCGGAAGCUGAAAAAUAUGGAAUAUGCAAAGUUAAGCCACCACCGGGUUGGCAGCCUCCAUUUGCAGUUGAUGUUGAUAAUUGCAAAUUUACACCCAGAAUCCAGAGACUUAAUGAGUUGGAGGCCCAUACAAGAAUCAAAUUGAAUUUCUUGGACAAAAUUGCAAGAUUCUGGGAAUUACAGGGCUCUUCCUUAAGAAUUCCUGUUGUUGAUAAGAAAGCGCUGGACUUGUAUAGCCUUCACAAGCUUGUUCAAGAAGAAGGUGGGAUGGAAUUGAUCACAAAGGAAAGAAGGUGGACUACUCUGGCCACCAAAAUGGGGCUGAAAACUGCCAAUAACAAGGGCAUUGGUGGCAUUCUUCGAACCCAUUACGAGAGAGUCGUUCAUCCUUAUGUAACUUUUCAAACUGGGAAAAAUACGAAAAAGGUGAACAUCGGGAAAAUUAAAGUCGAAGACGUAGAUAAGGAUAAAGACUACGUUCCUCAUCACAUCCAAUCGAGAAUGGCAGUCAAACCUCCUCCACCUACUAAGAAAUCCCGACGCAAUCGCCAUUUUACCCCUACGGAUAAAGAAGGAGUCGAAACGACCGAUCGAAUUACUCGUGGACAAGUGGACAAAAUCGCCGAAUUCGAUCCGCUAGAGAAAUAUGUUUGUCAUAAUUGUGGCCGAGGCGAUGCGGAAGAAGCGAUGCUGCUCUGCGAUGGUUGCGAUGACAGCUACCAUACGUUUUGCCUGAACCCACCCUUGAAUGAGAUCCCAAAAGGAGAUUGGCGAUGUCCGUGUUGUGUAGCAGAGGAAGUCAGUAAACCAACGGAAGCAUUUGGUUUUGAACAGGCUACCAAAGAAUACACACUUCAGACGUUCGGUGAGAUGGCUGAUCAAUUCAAAGCUGACUACUUCAACAUGCCCGGCCACUUGGUUCCGACGUCAGUAGUGGAAAAAGAAUUUUGGAGAAUCGUUUCCUCAAUUGAUGAGGAUGUUGUUGUCGAGUACGGGGCUGACUUGCACUCCAUGGACCAUGGAUCAGGCUUUCCAACCCUCAAUUCACGGCAUCUUCUAUCUGGUGACGAAGAAUAUGCCACUUCUGGCUGGAAUCUUAACAAUUUGCCAAACGCUGAAGGUUCAGUGCUUGGUUUUAUUAAUGCUGAUAUUUCCGGAAUGAAGGUUCCCUGGAUGUAUGUUGGAAUGUGUUUUUCGGCAUUUUGCUGGCACAAUGAGGAUCAUUGGAGUUACUCGAUUAAUUAUCUGCACUGGGGUGAGCCUAAAACUUGGUACGGUGUCCCUGGAGAUGGGGCUGUGUCAUUUGAAGAAGCCAUGAAAAGUGCAGCCCCUGAAUUGUUUAAAAGUCAACCUGAUCUUCUCCAUCAAUUGGUUACAAUUAUGAAUCCCAACAUUUUAAUGGACGCUGGUGUCCCUAUAUUCCGUACUGACCAGGCGGCGGGCGAGUUUGUUAUAACAUUUCCCCGUGCCUAUCACGCCGGAUUCAAUCAAGGAUACAACUUUGCCGAAGCCGUUAACUUUACACCAUCCGAUUGGCUGGACAAGGGACGAGAUUGCGUCGAAAACUACUCACAACUCCAUCGCUUUUGUGUAUUUUCUCACGAUGAAUUGGUGUGCAAAAUCGCGUCUUCAGCAUCAGAACUGAAUCUCGAAAUCGCCACCGUUGCCUAUAAGGAUAUGUUGAAAAUGGUCGAGAGUGAACAAGAAUUACGUAAAAAGCUACUGGCCUGGGGUGUCAAAGAUUCGGAGAGGGAAGCAUUCGAACUCUUACCAGAUGACGAGCGUCAAUGCGAUCAUUGUAAAACAACAUGCUUUUUGUCGGCUUUGACAUGUAGCUGUGUGGAGGACAAACUCGUUUGUCUUAGACACAUAAAGCUUCUCUGUGAAUGCCCACCUGAGAAGCACACGCUUCGCUACCGGUAUACGAUGGAAGAAUUACAAGGUCUGCUCCUGAAAAUCCAAGGAAAAGUUGAAACUUUUAAUAGCUGGGCGGCUAAACUACGAGAAGCUUUGAAAAAACAAGGAGAUGAAAGAAUUGAAUUAGCGGCCCUAAAAGCUCUCCUGCAGGAAGCGGAAGAACAGAAAUUCCCUGGUACAGAAUUGGUGCUAUCACUUCGAGAAGCAGUGGACACCGCAGAAAAAUGCACUUUGGUGGCACAGCAGCUAAUGAGCAGUAAAGUAAGAACUCGUACUCGCCUUCAAGGAGAAGCAAAGUGUCGCUUAACUCUGGAAGAGUUACAGUUGUUUGUACAACAACUUCAAAAACUUCCUUGCAAGCUACCCGAAUCUGAGGCCAUUUAUGAACUUUUCAAAAAUGUUACUGAAUUUCAAAAGGAAGCUAGACUGCUUCUCGAGCCUCUCGUCGAUACUCAAUCCAUCCCAGAACUCGAAGUUCUUCAAAGAUGUCUGGAGAGGGGAGCUACUUUGGGAAUAGAACUCCCUGAAAUUGCCCGCCUGAAACUUCGGAUUCAGCAGGCCGAGUGGAUGGAGAAGUACCGCGAUCUGCUUGGAGCAAAUCCGAUUUGGGAUCCCGACGUCAUUCCUUCUGGUGAUCGCGAUCCCACUGAAGAAGAGGAAGCAGAAGAGGUAUCCUUGGACUCGUUACGUGAAUUGUUGGAGCUUGGUGUUGGUCUUCCUCCUCAUCCCGUGUUGGAAAAAUCCCUUGCAAAACUACAAGGGUUACUUGAGAUGUCUGAGAAAAUUGAAGAUAAGGCAUCCAAUUUCCUGCAGGCUAAGCCAAGACUUCCUCUGUCCUCAGCCGAUAUGAUUAUCAAAGAAGUAGUUUUGCUACCAACUUACCUGCCCUCUGUCGCUGCCCUGAAGGAAGCUGCAAAGAAAGCUCGUGAUUGGAUGACUCGUCUAGAGGUUUUACAAAAGUUGGAGUACAGUCCAUAUCUGGAAGCACUCGAGAGUUUAAUGUCAAAAGCAAAGCCAAUUGCUAUUAAGCUAGAUUCGCUUGACGAACUCGAAAAUCAAAUUGCUGCAGCUCAUGCUUGGCGAGAAAGAACUGCUAAAACUUUCUUACGAAAGAAUUCAUACUACUCGUUGAUAGAAGUCCUUUCACCGAAGCUCGACGUGUUAGCUGUAACACGUUUCCGUCGCCGUCGACCCAAAGAAGAUCCUUUUAAUCCAGUUAACGUCACUCAUGUCAUCACUCUUGAAGCAGAGAAAAAAGAAGAUCCUCGUCUAAUUGUCGAGGCGUUCAAAGAGAGUGAAAGCAGUGAAUUAACCAGUUUCAAACGUAUACGAGUUCAAAACAUUCAGAAAAAAGUAAACGAUGAUCAGGGACUUGCCCACUAUUGCAUCUGCCAAGGCAAAGCACAAGGUGGAAUGAUUGAAUGUGCUCUAUGUAAGGAAUGGUUCCAUCUUUCGUGUCUACGAGGAGCGAAGCAACAAGGUCCAGGCGCCAAGAACAAAGCAAAUGGCGAAGGCAAUUUGAUUAGUGGAAUGAAAGAUGGACGCUAUCUCUGUGGUUACUGUUGCCGGUCGAGGCGACCUCGUCUUGAAACUAUUCUCUCAUUAUUGGUGUCCUUACAAAAACUACCGGUCAGAUUACCUGAAGGUGAAGCGCUUCAGUGUCUUACAGAAAGAGCCAUGAAUUGGCAGGAUCGAGCACGUCAGCUGCUCUCUACUGAAGAAUUAACGACUUGCCUGUCCCAGUUAUCGGCCUCAUUGCAACGUGCUACCGACGCUGCUGCCCGAAAGAAGGCGGACAAGACUAACCAGAAUGACGUUUCCAAAUUGUCGACAAGUGAACAUCGAGAUUUGUUCAGUGGCAGCGAAGAAUCUCAAGACAGCGAAUAUACGGCACGUGACAGUAUUCCGGAGGUCGUAGAACAACCUCCAGCGCUAAGCAACUCCGAGCACGCCUACUCAUCCUUUUCCAAAGAUGGUUCUGGCUGCACGACUUCCAGCAAGAAGAAUGUGCGUAAAUCACCUUUAGUUCCUCGGCAGCUUAAUUCUUCCGUGUGGGCUUCACCAUCAAACAUGUCAGCAACCUGUGCACAGAAUGUUCCUCUCCUUUCGCUCGCUUCACAAACUGUUGCUAAGCUUGAAGAUCUCAUUCUUGAGGGUGAUUCACUUGAAGUCUCACUCGACGAAACGAUCCAUAUAGGACGUAUUCUUCAGGCAAUUAAGGCUCCCUCAGAACCUCCUGUAAUGGCGCUUCUGUACUCCAAAGACGACGAACAGGAUUGUGAUCCUAAUGGGGAUUCCUUUUCUAAACGGAAGGUGCAAGGCAAGAAAAGGAGAUUGGAUUCAACAGGAGAUAAACAGCCGCCUAAGGGCCCCAAAGGUAAUAAGAACGCAAAGCAGAUGAAAGUGAACAAAAAACCAAGAAUGAUGAAGAAGGCCGAUGGCAAGAAAAGGCAAUCGACAAACGAGAGUGAAAAUGAAGAAGAUUGUGCUGCAGAUCAGUGUUUGAAGCCUACAGGCAAAGAAGUUAUUUGGGUGCAGUGUGAUGGAGGCUGUGAAAUGUGGUUUCACCUUAGAUGCGUUGGAUUACAAGCAAGGGACGUAAAAGCAAAUGAAGACUAUAUUUGCCGACGAUGUGCCGUCAAAAAUCCUGCGACAGUUGAUGUCGACAUAGUUGACAAGGACGAGUAAAAAUGAAAAGAAAAAUUUGCCCUCUGCAUUAUAUUUCACUCCUUGUGGCAUUCUUCUCAGACGUGGUAUGGUUUACAUAACCCCGGAAAGCAUACAAAAUCUCCAACUGACCAAUGUUGUAUAAAUGUCCACGAGAAGAAAUUUCCUUAAUACCAUUUCACAAUUAUAUUUUGGCUGCGGCUUGCUUCUAA